AAUAAUUGAUAAAAAUUCUAAAUGCAGAACGUCAAAACAGGCUGUUCGCCACAGAGUACGUUGUUUAUAAGAACAGAAGUCUGAAAGUUGAAAGUUUAAACUGUUCGUAUAAAAAAUAUAUACAAUGAAGUCAUGAUUUUACUAUUAAAAAGGGACUCUCCUUAUUUAUUGAACUAUUUUGAGUAAGCGAAGAUGGAAGUAACGAGCGGUGCCGAAGAGGGUUUCGUAAGAGAAUGGACACCUUGUUCACAUAUUCUAAAUUUAAUACCUCCUAGAAUUCAGACUGGAUUAUUUUCUAACGAAUUGUGUUUGACUUGUGUGGACGCAGUCAGCGAAUAUAUUGCUCUUGGUACUAAUGUCGGCCUCGUCUACUGGUACGAUAGGAAAAAAGGGAACAUUCAGCGACUGAGAUGCGAAGCCUCAACAUCUCCUAUCACAUAUGUGAAGAUAGUCAGCACCGUGGAUUAUAUGGUAGGAGCUGGAAAUGCUGCAGGACAGGUCACAGUGUUUCAGAUCCCAAAAGAACAUCCCGAAAAUUUACCUGACACAUUCAAACCGAAAGUCGAGCCCAAAGUAGAAAGGUACACAAUAGGCGACCUACACAAAAGCAAAAUAACGGCGAUAGAAUGGUCGAAGAACGGAAUGCGAUUGUUUUCCGGGGACAAGAAUGGAGUUAUCAUUAUGACAGAAAUCGACUUUUACAUGCAUUUAUGCAAAUCUAUGGAGAUAGUGAACGAGGAGCACGAGAUAGUUCAAAUGAGCUACUACCAGAACACGCUGCUCGUGUCGAGCGUCUACCGCAGCAUCGUCUGCGAGCGGCGCGACAACCGCUGGCACGUCACGCAGCUGGGCAAGAAGGAGCGGAAGAGCCUGUGCGCGCUGGGCGCCGUGUUGCAGCACUCGUACGCGAGCGGCGGCGCGGCGGCGGCGUACUGCGCGCGGCCCGGCCUGCGCGUGUGGCGCGCCGACCCCGCCGGCCGCGUGCAGCAGACGCUGCUGUUCAAGGAGGCGAUAUCGAAUCCUCUCACCGUGGCCGAGCUCCUCAACCCGUCGCAGAGGAAGCAUUCGCACGCCGAGCGCGAGUACAACUUUGGGCCGCUGUUCGUGUUCCGGGAGCACUUCCUCGUGUCGCACAACGAACACGUGCUCUACAUCCUGGACCCGCGCUCCCUCACCGCCGUGGCCGUCGUGGACGACCUCAGGAGGAUCCUGUCGGUGUCGGUGAGCCGCGACGAGAUCUUCGUGCUGGAGGGCGAGCGCUCGCUGCUGCGCCUCGCGCACGCGCCCGAGCCCGCCGCGCUCGCCGCAGACGAGCCGGCGAACCUCAUGACGAAAUCGCUCACGUCGUCGCUGCAGCACGCCGUCAACACGGUGCGCGACCUCACGCACCUCGACCAGACCGUCCCCUACAUCUCCAGCGUGCUCGAGCAGCCCAUCUCGAUGUUCACGCGCAACGAGACCCUCGACGCGGGCCUCGUCGCGUCCGGCGAGGAGUGCUUCGAGCUGCCCCCCAUAAAGCACCUCCCGCUGGAUAUAUCAGACAACGUGCUGGAAUCCAUUAUCAACGAGUUCAAGGACGUAUCGAGCGACGCGGAAGAGAUCCGACGAGUGAAGUCCGAGGAGCUGCAGAAGAAGCUGAAAUUGUACAACAGCAUAAUGGAGAAGAAAUAUGACGAGGAACUCAUACAUAGCAGCCGCCGGAGCCGAAGGAAGGAGUCUGGCUCUGGACCGAACACCCCGCGAGUGGCCACCCCGGUCCGGAAACCGGACUGCGUGAGCUACACUAGCCCCUGCGUCAUGAAUAUCUCUGUUUAUGGUAAUAUACCGCAGCAAAAUGACGAUCUUUUGGAACAACAGAUUGAAGAAAAGGAGAAAAUUCUCGCGAAAAUGCUAAAUUUAGAAUCUCUAAGUAUUAAAAGUCCCGCCGUGAAAGAACUUAAAAAUGACGUCAUAGCGAGCCCGAAAAAGCAAGAUUUUGAUAAACCAGUACAACCUCCGCGGGAGUUCACAACGCAACCAGAAAAACGAAUAACCGAAAAAGCGGUUUCGAAAACCGAACCAGCACAGAAGAAAAUCGAACCUGGAGACUUAGUUCCUAAAGUUGUAAAAAUGCCCAAUAACUGGAAUUUAGAAAAUAUUCAAUUAAAAUUAGACAUAAAGAACGGCGUUAAAGACGCGACAAGCCUCAUAUCUCCUGACGACCAUUUGGACAGUGAAUGGGAAGUCAUAUGAUGCUGCAAAUUAGCCAAGGAUUCAUUGACACGCGAUGCUUAACGCUAGAACAUGCAGCUCAUUUCAAUAGGAAUUGUAAUAUAAAAAUCCAAAAUUACGCCCACAGUAAAAACGUUCAUAGUAAAAAGAAUAAACAUAUAUAGAAAAAUUAUAAUUAAACAACGGAUUUGAUAAUUUAUCUAAAAUAUUCGAUGUUACUAAAAAAAAGUCAAUUAGUUAUAUUUUGUGAAUGUUACCGCGUGUUCUCUCAAACAGAAAUUAACGUGUUGUGUUUUGAUUUCUUAAUUGUAAUAGCAAAUAUCAUUAGGUGUCGAUUAAAGGGGUUUUAUCAAAGAACAUAUAGUUUGUUCUCCGAUAGAGGCCCUUUACAUCACUUAUGUUGAAUAAAAAGUCAUUGAGAUAGCGAAGUGUCAUAAGCUGCGAAGUACAGUCAGCACCAACUCGAUUGAGGCGUGCAAUUAUUGUUUUUAUUUUUUAUAAAUUGCUGAAAAAUAGUUGUAUUAAGUCAUAGAGUAAUUUAAAAAAAAAUACCAGCAUUAUAGUAAAUUCUAUUGAAAUGAAUAUGCAGAAUAUACGUACUAUACUAAUAUUAUAAAUGCUAGUAUUAUGCUUUCACGGCUAAACCACUGAACUCAUUUUGAUGAAAUGAUAUUAAGCAAGCUUGAAUCUUAAGGAAGGACAUGGUUACUUUUUUUUACCUCAUACCUGCCUCCCUCCGCGGGAAAAAACUAGUAGAUUAUAUAUUACAUAUUAGCUUAACCAAACCACAGAUAACACAGACACAUCACGAAUAGAAAAUAGCUUAUACUCGCAAAACGAACGCUAACUUAACAAUUUUGCUUUUUAAUUAAAUGAUCAAAUGAACAGUACAAAGUAUUCGGAUGAAGCUAAAUGGUUGAUGUUGAUUAUCACAAAGACCAUUAUCGUUUUAAGUUAAUUAGUAUUUAUUUCGUAAUUAUCAUAGUAUCUUUAUUUACAUUUUAUAACGCAAUGCCAUUCAAGUAUUACAGGUAUUCGAGCAUUUUGUUAUAUGUAUAUAUAAUUAUAGUUAUAUAAAUAGCUACAAUAAUAUAUUUGAUUUGAUGCUUACAUUAAGAAAAUUAUUUUUUUAUUAAAAGUAAGAACUCGCGUAAUGUUUUCUUUUCGUUGUAUAUUUUAUUCAUGGAAUUGUAUCAAUAUAGUAGUCACAGCCUUAGAUUUCCCAAUGCUGGGCUAAGGCCUCCUCCCCUUGCAGGGGGCUUGUAGCUUAUUCUACUGCUGCUCAAAUGCGGGUCAGUGUACACAUGUGGUAGAAUUCCUUCACCUCCGAGCACGGGACGAAUUAAUAACAUAAAUUAAGCACAUGAAAUUCAAUAGUCUGCCUGGCUUUGAGCCCGAAAUCAUUGGUUAAUAUUUAUGUGUUCUGACCACUACGCUGUCUCGGCUCAAUCAAUAUAUGUAUGUAGUAUGUUUGUAAAUAUAUCAAUUGAUCUUCAAAUUAUUUCAUUCUUUGAUGUUGCACGUAAUGUAUUAACUAUAAAAGAAUGAAAAUAGUUCAAUUACAGCAGCACUUGUGUAGUUUUAUAACUGUUUGUGUUCACACUAUGUAUGCUUAUAUACGAGGCGGCCAACAGAGCGCAAUUUUGAAAACCGCCACCUCUAUAUUCGCGACAAAUCGGUCACCGUCAGGCGAGCGGUAACUUAAUUAUCACAACGGUAAUCGACCGUCAGGCGACAGAGUUCCGAUUUUGUCGUGGCGCCGCCUGUAACCACCCUAAGUAAUAGCUUUCUAGUGAUAUUCGUGCUAUGAAACAAUGAUUGAAUACUGACACCAUGGUUUCAUAUAAAAAAUCUAACAAAACAAUAGAUUUUAAUAUAUGUAUUAGAAAAAACGUUUUAUAUUUCGAUGGCCUGGUGCUAAAAGGGCUCAAAUACCUCUUUGACUAAAAUAUACUAAAACCACAUUUUGCCAUUUGCUAAUUAUUUAAAAAAUAAUAAAUUUAUUUGUACUAACAUGAUAUAUGGUUAACGUUACUAAUAACAUCAAAGUUACGCAAAUUGGCAUAAUUAUAUAAUUCUGAUUAUCAAAUGUAAGGGUUAUUGAUAUUGGCCCUUUUAGCGCCAGGUCUCAGACUUAAUGUAUGGAAUUAUUAUUUGUGAAACUUUAUUAAAGCCACGUUUCAGUCCGUUGUCUGUCUACUAUUUAAUGUAAACCUUGAAUCUCCAAUGAGGCAUGAUUUAUUUCUCACUGUUUUGUACACAUUCCAUUUUGAUAUUUGAUUUAUCUUGGUGUCUUAUGAUCAUGAAAAUAAUAUAAUUCUGUAUGUGUAGAUAUAAAAUGACCUUUUUAUGAAUGUAAUAAUUGGGUUUUUAUAAAUACAUUGUUACAAAGCG